AUGGGAGUUACUAUUGAACCCAUCUCACCAGGAGACGGGAAGACUUUCCCCAAAGAACGACAAAUGGUCGCUAUCCACUACGUCGGUACGCUAGCUGAUGGAACUAAGUUCGACUCUUCAAGAGAUAGAGGUCAACCUUUCGUUUGCAUGAUUGGUGUUGGCCAAGUCAUCAGAGGAUGGGAUGAAGGCGUAUUGAAGCUUUCUUUAGGUCAAAAAGCCAAUUUGAUCUGUACACCUGAUUAUGCAUACGGCGAAGCUGGUCAUCCACCUGUCAUCCCCAGAAACGCUACUCUGAGAUUCGAGGUCGAACUACUCCAAAUUCAAGAUGCCUAA